GUCAAUAUCCGGUCAUGAGAUGUCAUCUGUCGACAUUAGCAUAAUAUAAACAGAACUUGAUAAGGGAGACAUACUGCGCAUGCAUUGCACAUAAAUCGUAAAAAGUUCUAAUUCAUUGACAGAAGCAUGGAUCGAGGAAGAGCAAAAUCUACCAUGGCCACCACAGCGGCCGUUGGAUGCAUGAAAACACUUCUAAUGAUUUUCAACUUUAUAUUUUGGGUGACUGGAAUAGCUAUCUUGGCCUUGGGAAUCUGGACAAAAGUGGAUCUCUACAAAUAUAUGGAACUGUCUUCCAUUUACUACAAAGAUUCUCCGUGGAUUUUAAUAGCAGUUGGUGCUGUAAUUGUGAUUGUAGGCUCAUUUGGGUGUUGCUGCACAUUCAAAGGAAAUGUUGUGUUAUUAUAUCUGUAUGGUUUCUUCCUGAUCGUUGUAUUUGCUGUGGAACUGGGUGCUGGUGCAGCAGGUUUCUUCUACAAAGGAAAGCUGGAACAAGGUUUCAGUGAAGGAUUAGAUAAUGCAUUAAAGCAGUAUGGAAAUGGAAGUGAAGCAAUGGAUGAACUGCAGAGCCAGUUACAGUGUUGUGGGAAGAAUUCCUAUGAGGACUGGUUCAGCACACCAUGGGAGCGCACUGUUAAUACCACCAGUGGCGUGCCACACUCGUGCUGCCGAAUUCCUGAUACUUCGUGCAAUAACAUGAAUGUCAACGCAAAUUCCACUUACAUCUACCAACAGGGUUGCUACGACAAGGUCGUAGGUUUCAUGAAGUCCAACAUGGCCCUCAUUGCAGGUGUAGCCUUUGGUAUAUCUUUCUUCCAGCUUCUUGGAGCACUGCUGGCUUGCUGCUUGGCAAAACGGGUCAAGAAAUCCAACUACGAGCAGGUGGCUUAAUGGACAUGAUGUGGACGCUAUGAAAAAUAUGGAUGACUAAAAACUGAUAAGUCAUAUACCGGUUUUAUUCUUUGAUUAUAGAACAGUUUGGAUAUCAACUAAUUCUCAACUAAUUCAUAUAUUUAGAAAUUAAGGUUGAAUUUUACAUUGUAUUAUCUAUAUAUGGGGCAUUUACAUUUUUGAUUUUCUUUAAUUGAUAUUAAAGAAACAUAAUUUUAAGAAUUUUUUCUAAUUAUACAAGACAUUCCAAAGAUAUAUAAAUAUGAUUUCAAAUAUGAUGUCAUUAAUUGUGAUACACUAUCGGGCAUUUGACAUCAAUUGUCAAUUUUAAUUCACAAGAUUUCCAGCUGUUACAGUGUAUUGAAGAAUAGCUCACAACUUCCAUUGUAAUCAUGGAUACUUAAUCAAUAUUUUUGCAAUUUGAUUGAUGUUGUUGUAUUUUAAAAGUUGUUGAUAUAAUUUUUCAGUUAAUUUUAUUUACAAGAUCUCGGAAUAGAAUCUAGAGAAAGUUAAAUAUUUACAUUAAAGUUUUAGCAAACUUUACAGCUGUAGUAAAAAGCAUAAUGUUAGAUAUUUGUAAAAAAGGUUUAUGAUUUUUUUUUGUAUAUAUAAAUACAUGUAUGUAUGUCUACAUUUGUUUUAAGUACAACAAUUUAGUAUUAUGGUGCAAGGUUUAUUUAUGUACUAAAAAGUUUAUCUACAGUAUAGUGUAAUCCCCACCGCUACUAACAAUAAUUAUAUUUUUUUUACUGUUAAAUCAAUAUUUUGUCUUGUUUUUCCUAUUUUGGAUAUUAAAAAAUGUUCAUUGGUUUUUUUUUUCUGCCAUAUAUUGUUAUAAUGUGAAUUGCAGCAAUUGCUUGUUUCUAUUUUUAAAAAACAAUUCUGUUUUGUUUUGUGGUUAUGGAAAUUUAGUAUUUUAAAAAUGAACAUGCUCAAUUUUAAUUUUAUAUAUAGGCAUAUUUCAUGAAGAUUGAAAAGUUAUCUACUGAAAUACUUCAUAUACCAUAUGUUACUUGCUUUGUUCUCUGUGCAAUAGACUGUUGUUACAUACAUUUCUCUUGUUGUUCUCAGAAUAAAAGAACUGCUUUAUAUAUUAAGUAACUGCUA